GUUAUGUGGAUUCUCUUUGCGAAAGAGGGGCCACUUCUGCAAUGGAUUUGGGGGUCCCUGGGCAGGCGUGUGGGUGGGGCAGAUUUUAGGAAGGGGAUGAGCUGCUGUGGGGGCGUCUCCCUUACUGCGGGAAAUGGAAAGUAUUACAGCUAUGGCUGGUGAGAGUGUCAGUGCCAGAGGCCAGGUCUUUGCCAGGUGGAGAGGACACCCUUAUGCCCUACCCCCAAGUUCCAGCACCUCUCCAAGAGCCCUUGGCCCCGGAAGCAGCAACAAAGUGACACUGGACUGGGGAGGAGGAAGCACAACUUUAUUUUCUGGCCCGAAGAUAAACCUGCCAGUAAUUUCAGCAAAUGAAACGUGGAACGCGUCAAGGCCAGAGGAUGGAAAAGGCUCCGGUUUUGAUAAAAGGAGGCCUGCUUGGCUUGGAAUCCUCUCUCCUGCUGGUUGGAAGAUGCAAAGAUGUUUCCAGAGAGGGGCUGAAGAAUUGAGGGGAAAGAAAUGAGCCCAGUAUGAGUCCCCUUUCAGGGCUGAGCGCGUAUAAAACCAAACAACUUGGAACAGCUCCAAGAGAGGGGAUUAAAGCAACAUGUUAUUCUGAGUGAUUGCUUAAUUUAUUGAGCUGCGGCUGGAUCUGUAAUGAAAUACAGCCCUUGUAACUGAUAACCUCCUGCUGCAAUUGACCUUCUACAAUUAAGGAAUAUUUUCCGAGUUUCUCUGGAACGGCUCUGAAUUUCUAGCCUCUGUGACAGGGUGCUUCUGAACAUUUGUUUUCCAGGCAAUUUUUUUUUUUCUUGAGUAUCAGACUGAUGUUAAUAAAUAAGCAGCAUUUUAUUGAGUGCUUUGUGGGAACCAGGAACUUUAUAUAUAUUAUAUCUAAUCCUGACACUAAUCCUGACAAUAUCCCGUGAAAUAACCCCUAUUAUUCCCUAUUUUAUGGAUGUGAAGCCACGAGACGUUCGGUCAUUUUCUAGAGUGGUGCUGUCCAAGACAGUAGCUGUUAUGGCUCCUUGUGGCUAUUGAUGUGUAAAUUAGUUAAAAUUAAAUAAAUUUUAAAGUUGA